AUGACACAACGCUUUUCGCUUGAUGACUUCGUCAAACUAGAAAAGAUCGGAGAGGGAACUUAUGGAGUCGUCUACAAAGGUCGAAACAGAAAGACUAACCAAAUGGUAGCACUGAAGAAGAUUCGUUUGGAGGCUGAAGACGAAGGGGUUCCAUCAACAGCAAUCCGUGAGAUCUCGCUUCUGAAAGAACUGAAGCACCCUAAUGUCGUCUCACUCAUCGAUGUGAUCAUGCAGGAAAAUCGGCUCUAUUUGAUUUUCGAGUUUCUUUCGAUGGAUCUGAAAAAGUACCUGGAUCAAUUGCCACCAAAUACACAACUCGACAAUGUGACAACUCAGAGCUACUUAUUCCAAAUCUUGCAAGCAAUCUGUUACUGUCACCAGCGAAGGGUUAUCCAUCGAGACUUGAAGCCGCAAAACUUGCUCGUUGAUGCAAAGGGUGCUAUCAAGUUGGCUGAUUUUGGUCUGGCACGCGCAAUUGGAAUUCCUGUUCGAGCUUAUACACACGAGGUUGUGACGCUUUGGUAUCGUGCUCCUGAAGUGCUUCUCGGCGCAAAACGUUAUUCAAUGGGUGUAGAUAUGUGGAGCAUUGCUUGCAUUUUCGCGGAGAUGGCUACUAAAAAGCCUCUAUUCCAAGGGGACUCCGAAAUUGAUCAGCUCUUUCGCAUUUUCAAGUUGUUGGGAACACCUACGGAAGAGGAUUGGGCUGGGGUAUCAAACCUAGAAGACUACAAGCCGAGCUUCCCAAAAUGGAAAAACACUGGCAUGAUGGAUGACAAGUUGAGCGACUACAUGUCUGCCGCGGCUGUCGAUUUGUUGAGGAUGAUGGUGGUUUUUGAUCCGGCUUGUCGUAUCUCAUCCAAAAAGGCCUUGCAUCACGCAUACUUCAAUGGAAUCGACGUGAGCGUUCUUCCCGCUGGCAGCUAUCGUGGAGAGCUCGUCUUGCCA